AUGGCCGUUACCCUCUCCGCUUUACGUUUAUGUUCUUUCCUCUCCUACGGGGCAUCCUCGAGAAAACCUCCAUCGUUGAUCAGGAGAAUGGCUUCCGAGAAGGCGAUUGGGGCUUCUAUCUCUGCAUCAUCCCCCUCACCUCCGCCCUCGUUCGGGACGUUCGACUCUCAUCUUCAUGUGUGGGCCUCUCCUGAGGAGGUAAGGCGUAAGUACAUGCCCGGUUGUUCGAGCUCGAAGCCCCGUCUAUUGCCAGUCUGACUUCCCGAACGAUCAGUAGAAUAGUACCAAUAGGUAUCUAUGUUGAAUUUUAUGCAAUGUGUUCUGUUGUGACAACUGCAGGCGUCAAGGGAGUUCCCCUACCACCCCGGACAGGAACCAACGUUACCCGGCCAUGUUGAUUUCCUGCUCGAGGUGACUCUAGGCCACUAUGUUUUUGCCUAAAUUAUUAUUAUGAAGUCUAUUUCAAAAUAUUUGUCUCUUUUGGUGGACCGUGGAAAUAUUAUUACUUUGGCAAUUAUAUAUCACCUCGUGGUCAAUACACAAACACGAAAUUAUGAGUUUCGUGAUUACGUGAAAUUGGAUGAUACUAAAGGUAACCAUUUAUCAAAAUGAGUUUUUCUGGAAAGCUGACUAUCCUGAAAAUUUGCUUUCGUCUAAAUAAGUGCGAAUCGUGCUUCGAUGAUGGUGAUUCAGAAAGGCAUUUUCAUGUUUUUUUCUCCUUUUUUCCGAGUGAGUUUUUUCAUCUUCCUUGGAUAUUUAUGAGCGGUUAGAGUUCAUCUUUCCCAUCUUAUGAAGUACGUGCUCAUGAUGAAACAGUUUACUAUUUUCAGGAGCACGGUUUUUUUAUCCUAUUGAAUAUGUUUCCUUGGUAAAUUUCAAGAAGUUUUCAACACCUUUUUUUUAUUUUUUUCUGGCACUUGGUGGAAAAUGAGUCUAUAACAUAUUUUUCACCAACAUAUGGAAAUUUAUUGGCUAGGUCCUUGGAGAUCGCAAAUAAAUCAGCUGAUUUAGUUGGUUGACAUGAGGGCUUCCUUUAGCAGCCAAUUUGGCUGUACAUUUCUGUUUUAUGGACAAUAGCAAUAAUAUCUAAGCACUUCAAAGAAAUGUGCAUAUCCUCUUAACUGGAAAACGAUUUGGUGAGGGACGUGUGAUACUUCUAUACAAUGACGAAUGUAGCAUAGCAUUGCCUUUUGCGCUUUUAUGAAGAUUUAGCGAGUCAGGCAGGGUGACAGUUGCUUAUUUUUCGUCCUUCCAUCCAUAAGUUUACAUCUUUAUUUUUGUAGUUCUUCCAAAUGGUCCUUGGUAACUCUUUUACCUGAAUUUUUUUGCUUUUCUUCGUUAACUCAUGUACCUUUCUUUUACUAUUCGUUGUAGUGUAUGGCUGAAGCAGGGGUCGAUGGAGCACUUAUUGUGCAACCCAUUAUUCACAUGUUUGACCAUUCUUAUGUGACAAAGUCAGUAUCAUGGCCACAUUUAUUGAUUUUCCAUGCUCAUUAUUUUGUUCAAGCUUUUCUGAUUUCAAUUAUCUUUGUCUUCUUGGUUUUGAAGGCACUAUACAGUGUGAUGUCUAUGAGUUCCUUUCCGAUUUUUUGAUCAUUUGCUUGUGGAUAGUAUCAUAAACAUCAAUACAUAUUUUAUUUUACCUCGCUGAUACAUAUGUAGAUAAGCUUGCGUGUCACAUAGAAGACUGUUUUAACACUCUGAUCGAACAUUCCUGAAUGGCAUGUCUCACAAGAUGAUUAGAGAAUGAUUUGGCAGUGCCUUGAAGAAGUACCCAUCCAAGUUUAUUGGGUGUUGUCUUGCGAAUCCCGCUGAUAACGGACGUGGAAUUGCUCAUCUUGAUUUUCCAUGCUCAUUAUUCACAUGUUUGACCAUUCUUAUGUGACAAAGUCAGUAUCAUGGCCACAUUUAUUGAUUUUCCAUGCUCAUUAUUUUGUUCAAGCUUUUCUGAUUUCAAUUAUCUUUGUCUUCUUGGUUUUGAAGGCACUAUACAGUGUGAUGUCUAUGAGUUCCUUUCCGAUUUUUUGAUCAUUUGCUUGUGGAUAGUAUCAUAAACAUCAAUACAUAUUUUAUUUUACCUCGCUGAUACAUAUGUAGAUAAGCUUGCGUGUCACAUAGAAGACUGUUUUAACACUCUGAUCGAACAUUCCUGAAUGGCAUGUCUCACAAGAUGAUUAGAGAAUGAUUUGGCAGUGCCUUGAAGAAGUACCCAUCCAAGUUUAUUGGGUGUUGUCUUGCGAAUCCCGCUGAUAACGGACGUGGAAUUGCUCAUCUUGAGCACCUGGUUUUAAAGGUUAUUCCGAUAAUUUGACUGAUUAAUCAAUGUUAUUAUGUCAGAGGUUUUCAUUGGCAUGUUUAACUCCCUGUUGAUCUAUCAGGAUGGAUAUCGUGCUGUUCGUUUUAAUCCGUACAUAUGGCCCUCUGGUCAAAAGGUAUCCAUAUAUAUGGCUGUAGGUCUUUUAUUGGAUCUUAUUUACAACACUUGGAGGAAAUUUCCUCUCCGUCUUCACUAUGAAACAUUUGUCUCAAUUCGACGUUCAAUUGCAAAUGCAGAUGACAAAUGAAAUUGGCAAAGCACUAUUCUCUAAAGCAGGAGAACUUGGUGUACCUGUGGGAAUCAUGUGUAUGAAGGUGCUUAAACUUUCCAGCUUCAAAGCUCUUGUAAUCUACCGAUUUCGAGGAAUUAUAUUAUAAAUUGUUGAGGGGUUUUAUUGGUGAUUAUGGUAGGUUAAAUGAUGUGUUAAAACUUACUCUGCAGUUACUUUUGAAAUAGCGUAUUUACACUGAUAAAUCAAUGUAAUUUCAUUUUUAGUUAAAAUAAAAAAGAAUCUCAAAUAUACCAGCCCAGAAGUAGCCUCUUGCAUUAAUUUUAAUUUAUAAAAUUUGAAUCGUUUCAACAUAAUUAACGUAGGUGACUAUCGCACAAAAAGGAAUGUACAGAUUCAGCACAAACUAAAGUACCCAUUUUCUUUGUAGGAAGUUUCAUACUAGUAGAAAGUUUGUUCGUCAGAAUAAACAGCUAUCUGAUUUGACUUCCAUAUCUUGUAUCAUACCAGGAGGACGAUUGAAUUCCAGUUUUGCAAAUUUUAAAAUUUAUGUCUCGUUUCCAUGCUAUGCUGCAAAGUCUUCUCCAAGUCUAAACCUCAGAAGUCUGCCCUUCCAAUGGGGAGAGACAAUUGUUUAUUUGCAUUUAUCCCUGUGGUUUCAUGUAGUAUGUACUAUUAAAUAGCUCCUUAACUUUAUCAGCCUAUAGCAUCAUCAUCAGGGACAUAAAACUAAGGAUUAUGUCUACAGUUAUUUUUUUAUUAGGAAUGUGAUUCAUUAGAAACUAACAGCGUUCUUUUUGGAUGAGAGUGUUGGAUCUAUGUUAAUGAAGCCCUGAUUUUCCUUGAAUCAAAAGAGCCUUGCUUCUGUCAUAUUUUUUGAUCUCCCAUGUUGCUUAUUGCACUCCUAAACCUUUUGUUUGCGUGGAUUAGCGUAGUCUUCUGUCAGUCUCAUUCAUCAAGCCAUCAUAUUGUUGUCAUGGUAUUUGAUGUGCCUUUGUAAAUCGUUCUAUCAUCCUUCAUAAAUGCCUAAAUCUUCUCUCUCGGUUAUUUAGUUGUGCUUGUGGGGUAGAUGUCGCUGGAUUAUGAUGGAAUCCUACUCCAUGUAUUUAUAAUGUCAGGUUCAAUCAUGACCAUUUUACCUGAUCUUUGUCGUCAGUGUUUGCACGAAUAAAUCAGUUAUUACUUCACACAUAUGCAUUCGUAAUCCAACUUUUUCUGUUUUUCUUAGCGGAGGUUCUAGUGGUGCCUUCUUUCUGCCUUCUUAAGAAGAUUGACCUACAUUAUGAGAUCUUUUUUUCAGGGCCUGGGUUUACAUGUCUCAGAAAUUGAGGAGCUCUGCACAGCUUUUCCUUCAACUGUUGUGCUGCUUGAUCACUUGGGAUUCACCAAACCAGACGAGUAAGCCACUCUUCAAAGGGCAUUGUUGUUUUCACCACAUAAUAAAUGAUGUCCUGAUAUGAACUAGUUUCAUAGGAAUGGCAAGGAAAAUGUGGGCUUUUCUGAACUUCUUAAGCUCUCCAGGUUCCCCCAGGUACCUGACUUCUCAAUGAGCCUUUUCUGACAUCCCGUUGCAUGUGUACUUUGCAUCAAAUAUGUCGGCAGCUGUUGUCGAUGAGCUGCAAAAAGUAAUAGAAAUGCUCUCACAAGUAUCAAGUUUUUAGGUGACAAUUUUUUUUAAUAUGUUCUCAAUUUGGUUAUACUCAGAUAUGUACUCCACUUCUGAUGUUUUGAACCAGUAUAAUUGAAUUAUUUAUCUUUACAGCUAUCAUCAUUAGUUUUGUUUUUGUUUUUUCUGAAAUGAUUUAUCAUUAGCUCUUCAGAUAUUAUGAUCACAAAAGUUCGACAUUUGCCUGGGUUUUGGCUACCUGUACUAUCAUGAGUAGAUUGAAUUCAUUUGAAGUUAUUUCUCCUCCAUCUUAGACCGCACAUAAUUUGGCCUGUUUUGUUCAGGGAAGUAGUGGUGAUUCUAGAAUUUAGAUGUAUGCUUGUAUUCUCCUGAUUGUCGAUCUUAGAUCUUUCACAUGUGGUAUUUUUUAUCUUUUUUCACUAAAGGUCGGACAGAACUUUCUGAAUUAUUGCCCGGCCAGUACAUUUUAGUCACUGAUUAUAAACAAAAAUGUUAACCAUGUUGGUAGAGUGUUGAAUAAACUCAUAGAAGCAUAGCUUUAUGGCUAAGUUGGGGGCUCAUUAUGAUCAAUCAAUCAUAAGAUUUGUGUGUUAUUUGAAGCACAUCAGAUUACCCUUCCGUGCCUGUCCUCUUCACGGUGUAAUAAGCACUAGUAUGAACUCUAUCAUCAUCACGUGGCAUCAGAGCUUGCCUUUUCCCAAUGACAAAUGUCCUGACCUGAUGGCUGAUGGCUCUAGACGUUUAUCAUACAUAUUCUUCUUGUUGCGACAACCAUCUGCCCUGCCAAGCUGUUGCCUUAAGUUUUGCAUUUCAGGUUUCGAAAGGCUCUCCUGAAUUAUUGUCUGCCAUUACAUUUGAAUGGAUAGAUUACUGCUCUUGGUUCAAUCGCAUGGUGCCUUUUUACCUAAAUGGGAGUCUCUAGUGAUAAUAGCAUCUCUGUGAAAAAAGCAGCUUUCAGACAAUUAUCUGCACGCUUGUUCAUUAAAUUUAUCGAGAGCAGGUGUAUAGAAAAUCAUAAACACAGCUUUGGGACUAAAAAUAUGGCCGCGUCAAAGCGCAGUAGCAAGCAGCCUGUCAGAUCCCAGUCUCGUAGACAGCUAGUUAUGAACAGGAAAAUAUGAGUUGCGUUCGAUGAUUCUACCGAAUGUGGUCAAAAAUCCAGGAAAGACAAUGCCUUUUUGGGUCCAUGUUCUCCCAAGGUACCGUCGGCUUGAAUCCAAGUGAAUUAGUCAACGUGACGUUCUUUGGUAUCUGCAGAUCUACGUGAAAUUCAGCGCCUUAUUCCGCCUGUCAAGAAGGCUGUUCCCGUACGAGGACAUGUCGGCCCUCCUCUCCCGAGCCGUCUCCAGCUUUGGCGCCGACCGGAUCAUGUGGGGAAGGCAAGUCCCCCCCUGCGCUCUCCCCUGAGUUUAGGUGUUGACCUCCCGUGCUUAUCGGACUACUACCUCCGCAGUGAUUUCCCGUUCGUUGUUCCUGAAUGCGGCUACAAGGGGGCCAAGCAGGCGGUCGCUGCAAUUGCAGGUCAGAUUCCGUUGCCCUCCUCCGAUUUGGAGUGGAUCAUGGGAAGAACAGCCACCCGGCUAUUUCGUGAUCUCUCUGCGGCGCCGUAG